CAGAGGUUGCCCCCAGUUGUAUGCAUUAUGCCGGUACGUAAAAAUCUGUUCAGGAUUCAGAAAUGUUCAUCGCUCAGUUGUGUUCAAACUCGGAGGUUCCACUGUAACUAGAAUUAUUAAAUGAUCAUGAUCCGCUGUAGCAGCAAGUGCCAGAUUGCCAGUAACCAUCCCAAAAAUAUCAGCACAAUGGCCGUUCAAAGCCUGAUCAAUUAACGCUCGCGACUGUCGCGUUCCGCGGAGAUUUGAGAAGAAUGAAUUUUUUGGGCGGACCAUGAUCUGUUUUUUUUUCAAACUGUCCUGAUCUUCUGCACUUCCACAUCACCAGCGGGAACGCCGCCACGCACUGACUAAGUAAUUCUGGUCGGCCGAUGAGAGAUGACAACGUCCACUAUGGAGUGCCGCUAGCCAAACUCCCACCUUGACCAGUCAGGCGAAGCGGAAGUUACGAACGUUGGGAAAGAUUAUUUGUUUCCAAGAUUACAAAAGGUCACCGGCAUCCAUCGGCAAAUUUGUUAGAUUGUGUUGCAUUGUAUUGUAUACCAUGUACAUAUGACGUGCUGACCAGACUUUUGAGUACCCGGCAUGGUUUUUUCUGCUGAUAAACUAAAUUACUACCUUAAACCAACAAGCAGAGCGUACACGUGGUAGUCCAACCCGACAUACCGACAAUCGACAGCCGCAGCCAGCACAGCAGCUAAAAUCAGCCAAGUUUAUUCUGAAUUUUGCUCGGCAGCUUACGGUAAUUGUACUUUCUUCUUGUUACAUUGGAAACGUAGGUAAAAUGCCGGACGCGAAAGGAGAAUCUAAAUGCUUUUCUGCUGGUUCACAGCAACCCAACCUGGAUGAGAAGCGCUUAACUGCGUUUAGCAUGCGCUUGUGUCCAUACGCUGAACGGGUUCGUUUGAUCCUCAACAAGAAGAAUAUACCGCACGAUAUCGUCAACAUCGACCUGAAAUCCAAACCCGACUGGUUCCUGCAACACAAUCCCUUAGCCAAAGUGCCGGCCAUCAAAGAACCGGGUAAACCGGCACUGUUUGAAUCGCUCAUUUGUGCAGAGUAUCUGGAUGAAAAAUAUCCCGAGGCCAGAAUUCUGCCUACUGAUCCUUUUGAGCGCGCCCAGCAGAAAGUCCUCAUCGAAAUCAUUGCCCAAAAGGUUAUCCAACCGUUUUACGCAGUGUUGAAAGGCGGGCCGGAAUCCAAGGAAACCUUGUACAAUGGAUUGGCUGAUGUGGAGAAAAUGGUUAAGGGAAAGUUUUUUGCUGGAGAUAAAAUGGGCUUUGUGGAUUUGAUGGUGUGGCCGUGGUUUGAGCGUUUGCCGGCGUUGAGCGAUAUGAAAGAACUGGACAUCACCAAAGAACGCUAUCCGAAAGUAGCCGCUUGGGCACAGGCCAUGUUAAGCGACCCGGUCGCGCAGGAGAUCACUUAUCCUAAGGAGACAUUCCAGGAAUUCCUCAAAGGUUUAAUGAAUAACGGCAAUGUGAAUUGCGAUGUCGGACUAUAGAAAGUCUAUGCAACCUUUUCUCACUUAACAAUCUGUUCCCGGUUUCCAAAAUUUGUUCUGCUUUUCUGAUGUUGGGCUGCAUCAAUGAAACUAGUACUGUACCUCACAAGGCUCAUAUAAUUACUUACUAGUAUAAAGGUCGUAACCGCCCUUAGUGCAAGCGAGCGAGCGUGUAAAUUUUUCUCUUAUAAAACCCAUAAUAUGGAA